GUGGGUUCAAUUGCAACAAAUAAUUGCUGCUGCUGCUCUUCUGUCAAUGCCUAGCCUAUGAUAUCGUCACUGCUCAGGUCAUUUCUUUUACUCAAACUUCCCUUAUAUAUACCUCUCCUCUGUUUCUGCAUUUAGACAUUUUUCAGUCCCGAAUCAAUCUCCUCUUUCACAACAUUACCGAUGGCUGCUGCUACUGCUUUGGAUAAGAGCGCACAAGAGAAUUUGCCUCCAAUUUUGGACGCUGCUGCAGAUCAACCUCCUCUUUUUGAUGGAACCAUCAGGCUGUAUACAGCUUACGCAUGUCCAUUUGCUCAGCGAGUAUGGAUCACCAGGAACUAUAAGGGAUUACAAGAUAGCAUCAAGCUAGUUCCCCUAAACCUUCAAAAUAGGCCUUCUUGGUAUCCUGAGAAAGUUUACUCUGUUAAUAAGGUGCCAGCUUUGGAACACAAUGGCAAAAUUAUAGGGGAGAGUCUUGAUCUGAUUAAAUAUGUAGAUAGCAACUUUGAAGGGCCUUCUCUAUUUCCUGAUGAUCCUGCCAAGAGAGAGUUUGCUGAAGAGUUAUUUUCUUACACCGAUACAUUCAGCAGAACUGUGUUCACUUCAUUUAAGGGAGAUGUAGCAAAAGAAGCUGGUCCUGCUUUUGAUUACCUGGAAAAUGCUCUUCAGAAAUUUGAUGAUGGCCCAUUCUUGCUUGGCCAAUUCAGUUUGGUGGAUAUAGCCUACAUACCGUUUGUUGAGAGAUUGGAAAUCUUUUUAUCAGAGGUAUUCAAGUAUGAUAUCACUGCAGGCAGACCUAAACUUGCAGCCUGGGUUGGGGAGGUGAACAAGAUUGGGGCAUAUAAACAGACAAAAACAGAUCCCAAAGAACUGGUUGAAUAUUAUAAGAAGCGAUUCUUUGCUCAGCAGUGAUGAUGCCAGGGGGUGGCUGUUACACAUGAUAUAAAGGAAGGAAGGUAUCUUGGGUGAAUAAGUUGUUAUGAAAUGUAACAAGUAAUACUCCUAGUAGCAGCUUUGGCCGAGGAGUAGUAGUAUAAUUUGUGAAGAGGGAGCACCAUGGCAGUGGCAGUGGCAGUGUGUUGCUCUCUCUCUCUCUAUAUUAUUGAUGAAUGUGUACGUCUCUUUUUUCCAUAAAUAAAGCCACUACUUGUAUGUUAUGUUGACAAA